AUGAAUAGCAAGCUAUUAGAAUAUUUUACGAAAAACAAAAUAAAGAAUCUUUACGCAAUCCACAAAACAUCUGGAGAAAAAAAAGGAAUUUACUCUUUAACCCGUCCAUUGCUUGAACCUGAAGAAAUGAUAACUUCUUUUUUCAGCAAACCCACAAAAAAUCAGCUUACAGAAGACGAAAAAUUUAGCCAAAAAAUGCUGCAUAUAAACACCCACAAAAAUGUGAAGAUAAAAGAAGGCGAAUUUGGAAUCAAUCCAGUUAAAGACUCUUUCGGCUCGAGUUUUGGCCUAAAAUAG